UUUAGGUAUUAAUGAAAUAAAAACAAAGAAAAUGAAAAAAUGCAGAAAUGAAUUAUGUGUAUUUUAUCUUUUUUGUCUGUACUAUUCUUAAACGACGAGGGGCCCGGGCUUUUGGUUAAAUCUGAUAAUUUCAGAGAAAAAUGGGAGAAUUAGAGGAACUGGCCCAGUUUCUUCAUAUAGAUCAGAGAACUGAUCUCAAGACUGUUGCUUUACAGCAUGUUCUUGGGAUGACUGGGAACAAGGAAGGUCUGGCUGCAAUCAGCGAGGUUCCUGUCAUUUCUGGGAAUAUUCUUCAGCUUUUAAACGACAAGGAUCCCCAUAUAGCCCAGGAGGCUGCUCUGGCUCUGAUCAACAUUUCCUCCGACCCUAGCGUAGCUAAAACCCUGCUGCAAUCAACUCACAUGACCGGCUUAGUGAAGACUCUGUAUGAGAAGAUACAGGAUGAAGAGUGUCAGAUUGCGGAUGCUGCAACGAUGAUAUUCUCCAAUCUGACCAGAGAUCUUGUGAGCUGUAGUGCUGUUUGGGAUUCCUUGCAAGAAAACAAUAUUGAAAUAGAACGGCUGGUUUUUCUUCUUUGUCAAGAAGGGUACAAUAAGCACGGAGCUAACCUGAGAUAUUUAGCAACGGUGUUGUCCAAUCUAAGCCAGUUAUCCGCUGUCAGGCAGAAAAUAUUGGAUCGAGAGCAGUGCAUUAUACAACGUUUUCUGCCCUUUACAGAGUACACUGGUAACAUUGUGAAAAAGGGUGGUAUUAUUGGUGCCUUGAGAAACUGCUGCUUUGAACAGGACGCUCAUGACUGGUUGCUCUCAACGGAUGUGGAUAUUUUACCCCGAUUACUUCUACCCUUGGCAGGUCCCUCUCCCGACCACCUCGAUGAUGAUGAGGUGGAGAAUUUACCCGUUGAACUUCAGUACUUGGACGAGGAUAAGAAAAUAGAAGAAGACCCUGAUAUCAGGAAAAUGAUUUUAGAAGCUUUAACACAGCUUUGCAGUAAACGAUCAGCUCGGGAAAUUUUAAGGAAAAAGAACACAUACAUAAUACUGAGGGAAUUACAUAAACAGGCAAGAUUUGAGAAGGACCGCGAGGUAUUGCUGGCUUGUGAGAAUGUUAUUGAUAUUCUGAUCAAAACAGAAGAGGAGAUAGCUAUAGAAAACUACCACGAGGUUGAUGUUCCUGAACAUCUUGUUCAGAAGUUUGAACAGAUGGACAAGUUCUACUUGGAGGAUUAA